UGGAAAAAACACGUUUAAAGAUUCACAGACACAGUAUAUCUCCGUAAAUUUGUGUAUAUCACCGUUAAUUGCUCUCAAAUUUUCACAGAAUCAUCUUAAGAUAUUGUACAUUAACAAAAAAUAAAAAGAAAAGCAAAAAUAAAAAAAAUACCUUACUCCCCCCUUAAGUGAAACGACACCAGUGUCGAUUAGGCAGCGACAUUUUAGUAUCGUUAUACAUAAGUGUCGCUGACUUUGCCUAAAUAUUUUGUAAAAUUUCUUCAAUAUCUGAAGUUAUGGCAGAGGUUCGAGGUUUGGUAUAGGGCACGCUCCGAAGUACAGUUGCGGCGGAAGCCCUAUUACUUUCCGGACAAACCCUGUAUACGUACGUAUAUUUAUGUGUUAGUGAUUUGUUAUCUCGAGUUUAGCCGAGACUGAAUAACAUUUGAAGCGCUGCUUUCCUCACAUACGCAGAAAACGUUAACUUUCAGUCAAGCUACAGUCAUAGAAAAUGUCGCUUCGUUUUCAAUAUUUGUGCAUAAUUUUUGGGCAUAUUUUGUACGCAGUGAAUUGUUGCGUUUCAUUGCAAAUCAAUUCCCAACCUGUGCCAUUUCUCACCUACCCUUGUGAUGAUGAUUUAUUUAAGAGCGCGGUCAACAAGGUGGAGCUUUUGAGCCUCAAAUUAGAGAGUUAUAAUCUGCAUAUGCAAAGCGAAUUAAAGACAAUGAAAGAAAUUAUACGUGAAAUAAAGAAGAAUCAGGAAUCAGCGCCACCUGCAACCAAGAAACCAGCAUCGUGUAAAGAAGCGAUGCGCCAAGAAAACGGGAAAUAUGCAGAGAGUGGUGUUUAUGAACUUUAUCUGCCUGAAUUUCUUCAUCAUCCUUUCAAUGUUUAUUGUCUUCGUGAUCCUGAUGGCGGUGAACCAUGGGCUAUAAUUCAGCGUCGACAAAGCAAUGACACCGACUUCUAUCGCGAGUGGGUUGAGUAUGAACACGGUUUCGGCGACUUGAAUGCCAAUUUCUUUCUCGGCUUGGAUAAAAUACAUGCAUUGACUCAUUCGCGAUCUCAUGAGCUUUGGUUUCAAUUAGAAGAUUUUGAAAAUGAGAAACGUGUUGCUAAGUACGAGAGUUUCGCUAUAGGCAAUGCUCAGGAUAAGUAUGAGUUAAUUUCGCUUGGAAAAUAUUCAGGCACGGCCGGUGACUCGUUCUCUCAGCAUCUGGGGCAAAAAUUCACCACUAAAGAUAGAGAUAAUGACAAAAGUAGGGAUAACUGUGCGGUGGAAUAUACGGCAGCUUGGUGGUAUAAGCAUUGUUAUGAGAGCAAUCUGAAUGGUUUAUAUUUAGGAGGAGAAUAUCCGCAAAGUCAGGAAGGCAAAGGCGUGGUGUGGAAUGCCUGGCGUGGAUUUUAUUACUCCCUCAAAUAUGUACAUAUGGCUAUAAGACCAAAGUAUUAUAACUGAGAUAUUGGCUUGCUAUUGAAAACCUUAGCCUCCAUAAAAUGUUAAACAUUACUGACGUUAAAGCUAUUGAAACUAAUUUAACUUAGCAUAAUGUUUUAUGGAACCUUACAUAUUCUAUUUAGCAACAAUUAACACAUUAUUUGAAAAAAUACCUUUUCUUUUAUUUCCAAGGACAGUAUAGAAAACAAUCGUUUCAUAAUAUAAUUUACAUUUGUAUGAAUGUUAUGACAAAAAACCUGUAGAAAUUUGAAUUAAGUUCUCCGGUUAAAUCAUAUUUCAAAAAAUUGUAUUUUGCUAAGUUGGUAGGACUGUAUUUACUGUUUACAGCAGCUGCUUAAGGGAUCAUCGAUUUUUUGUUGCAUUAUCAGAUAGUAUACACUAUAAUAAACAUUCUCUCAAAUUUUGACUUUGAAAACGUCACUCGUGCACUUUGCUACGGGAUAGGC